AGGCGGCAGUCUGCACGCGCCCGCAUGCGCGCCGCGCGCAUCGUACGCGCAGCGGAAGCGCUAAAUUCAGCGCAAGAAACUAAAUACCCAAAACCGUGCGCGCCUGCCAAAUACGGCACGAAUCUCGAGUUACCCCCGCCGCGCUGGCAAGCGGCCGCAUCCACGAAAAACACGUAAAAACGCAUUUAUUUUCGUAGCGAGCCGUCUCUAAUUUUAGGCCGUAUGUUCGCAUGAAAACUGAAAGUAAUACGAGCGAUUUUGGUUCGGGCCGAGAUGUCUGUAUUUAGAUUAGAGUGCCGACCUCCGGCUGUUGAUAACGACGCGCUUUUGCAUAACCUCGCUGCGCGCAGUUGGAGCGCGGGCGCCGCGAGUGCGAUGCUGUGUGAUAGUGCAUUCUAACUGGAUUUGGAUGUCACAAAUGCUGCCCGAGGGCGGAGAAGUGAUGCGCCGCGUGGCGUGCGCCGACGUGUGUCCCGCGCCGCUCGCGCCGCCUGCGCCGCUUCAUCCCGCCAACAGGACUUCUGAAAAUAAGGAGUUACUCCGGCAGCAGCUGCUGUCAGCGAGUAAAGCACGCGCGGACAAGGGUGAGCAGCCCAAGCCCAAGCAUCGCAGCCGCCAGAAGAACCGAUGGAAGCUCAAGUUCCACCACCAGGCCCUGCCCCAAGAGUACCUUGACCACUACGAACAGAGUCUCCAAAAAGUCAAUAAAACCAAGAAACUUGAAAAACCUAAAGCGGAACCCGUCGAUCUCAACAACAUCACAAACGAGACAUUCAAAAUAUGGGCGCAAAGGUUAGCGGGCAUUCAGAAUGAAACCGGGUCUCUAACUGUACCCAACAUGGCUAAAGUACCUAAAAAAGAAGAGAAGAAGAAAAAUCCGGCCAUCGCUCCGAGUAAGAUAGUCACUUACGAAGAUCUGCCGUACAUGGGGGAGAUGACAUUAAAUAAUUCGAAGCCUAGAAGAGGCCGUAAACCCAAGAAGGCGGACAUUUGCCAUCUCAUUUAUGAAAACUACGGGACCGUUGUGCCCGGACAACCUCCGCCUCAGGUGGAGAGGAAUCAGCUUAGCAUGUGUCCGCCAUUACGAACGGAUGGGUUAAGUACAUCCAAAACCGACUUGCAAAACAAAAUUAUAUCCAAUUUGUUGGAAAGGAAGCUUUCACAGGAAAAUAAGAAAAGAUUAGAAACAUUGACGCCGCCACACUUCGCUAGUCCGGACGAGCCGAUGCCCGAAGCGCCUGUCACUAUCGCCGGUCCCUUGCACAGCGACGAGGAGCCCCUCAACCUUUGCAUAAGAGACCUGCACGAGCUGAAGAUUCAAAUUCAAAAGAAAUUCGGAAAUAUUUAUAUGUCGCUCCCUGAAGUAAAGACUGAACCUGAAACAGAAAUAAUUGAGGAUAAAGAACAGCCCAACGCCAUAUCUGUAAUCCAAAGGAACACUAAUCUUCCUACUACAGCUAGCAGCUCACCCGACCUGUCACGGUUAAACCGGAACGUGUCUCCAACGCUCUCGGAACCCGCUCAAUCAACGGCGAGUCCAGAUGGCGAUGGAAAGUUCCCCGGCUACGUGUACUGGCCUAACGCAGGCAUUUACAUGCACCCGUUGGCGCUGCAGACGCAGCUCCUCUACUACCAGAGGCUAGCGGCGUCGGGCCAGCUGCCGUUCUCACCAGAAGAACAAGAGAGGUUAUCUACCCCGAGCAGUGUUAGCGAAAGCAUAUCUACGGAACCUUCGCCACCUGUAGAAGACAAUAAGAAUAAAUUAGUUCUAAAACAAAUUUCAGAGUUACUAGAUCCUAAUGUAAUAAAGAAAACAGAGGUAUCUAAAAACCCUGAUUUGGUUAAGAUGAAGAGAUCAUCCCCAAAUCCUGUACCAGUGCAAGCGCCGGUCAAACGGAAAAGAUCGGCGAUCUUCAUUCCUCCAGUGCCCACCAAGACUAAUUCCACGACGCCUACAACAGAAGUCAGCAUCUGCAAAUUUAAAUUUACCGGGGGAUCAAAGCCCUCCUUACAAGAAAAGAAGAUGCUUUCCGUAGAUUCUGGAGGAAACUUUAGAUACUACAGCGGAACAGGCAACAAAGGGAAUAAGGGAUAUGAUUAUUUGCAUAGAGACUCCAAUCAGGGUCGAGCUCAGUUGGCUGAAGCCUCUGUUUCGAGUCAGCCUAAAGUCGAGGCACCGGCAACUGCUUUGAGCAAAGAAGACUUAAGUAAGAGGAAGAGAAAAUCCCGGAAAAGUCUACAGAGGGAGAAGCUGGAGCAAACCUUUAAGGAAAAAGGAUUUUUGAUUCAAACCCAGCAACUGCAGUCAGCGGAAGGCGCCACGUACUGCAAGUUCAGGCAACUCCGGAAGUUUACGCGAUAUCUGUUUAGGAGUUGGAAAGAUUAUUUGCCAGGCGAGUUGGAUGAGAGAACAGGUGAAGCUGCGAAUCCCCAACCGCCGCCUUCGGAAGGCCCCGUUAGUGAGUGGGGGUAAAGACGUAUAUUUAUAUGACGGUAUAUCCAGACUAUGAUGGUUCCUCGUUAAGUGUGCGUGUCAUAUUGUGUUGUGCCUGUCUUGCUAAUUAGUAAGACAUUAUACAUAUUGACUUGCGUGUUAAAACCUGAACAAUACAAGUGUCUAUCAGAACUUGAAUAUAAGGACUAAUUGAUAAUUGUUUUACUAUAGCCAAAGAAUGUUGUAUACUGGCUGCUAAAGUGCAUUUAACUUUCUGUAGUGAGAUUUUAAAUUAACUUUGGACUUUUGCUACUGAAUUCAGAGGGCUGGUUGUUGAUCGUGUCCGUCCAUUAUUUAUGUAUCGCGGUAAACUUUGUACAUAAACUUGUUUAAUUUAUGAAUAAUCCGUAGUUUACCUUUUAUAGUUGUGCUUGUUAAAUUUCUUUAUCUAUCUGUUAUGCAUUUUAAAACUUUGCUUGAAAGAACAAAUGUCUUUGAUAUGAAUUAGUGAGAAAUCUGUGCCUUUUUAUAAUUCUAAUGUUGUUGUGAGGGUACAAAAUGUACAAAUAACUAGAUUACAAUUAUUUAUGUAGAGAUAGAAAACUAAUGAAACUAGUCAUUUGACACCUCUAAUGUAGGAUUAUUUAAGUAAGUGUUAAUGAGACUCUGCUGAAACUGCAAUCACAGCUAGUUUUAAAUAAGCACUCGGUACAGUCGCGCCUAUUUACAUUUAUACAAUUACGGAAAUAUCUGAACACGGCUCCAAUGUUUUUGAGCAAAUAUAAAAGCAUGUUCAGAUAUUUUUUGUUUGCUUAACUAUGUAUGUCAAUGUAACUGAACGUGACUGUAACUAUCUUAUCAAGUUAUCAUUAUGAACCGCAUUCAAUAUCAAAAGUUACAUUCAUUUUAGGGCUAUAUUUCAUUAUUUAGUUUGUGUAAUAAAGACUGUAAUGGUUGUAGCUUCAGCAAACUCUCACUGUGUUCUCGAAUAAAUGUACAUACAGAAUCGAACAGAGUUAUUCUAGUCAUUAGUGUUAAGGUUUUUUACUUGGUUGUUAAUAUAACAUUUAAUAGAUUAAUAUAAACUGUUUUAUAAUAAAACCACGUUUUGUACUUGAUAUAUUAUUUAUUACAGAAAAGAUAGUUCUGUGAUAAACAAAAGAAAAAAAACAAAAUGCAACGGGAAUGUAAUAUACCAAUUAAACAUUUGAUCUAAUCAUAUUUUGUAUGAUUUCUGUAAUAAAGGAAGGAAGGCCCAUAGUAACAAGGUUACUCAAAUGCAUGCCUUAUACUAGGCAUGUGCCCCUAUACCUUGACACACCCUCAUGAUUGUAAUAUAACAAAUAGUAGAUUUUCCUUACAAGCUAAGCGAAUCGUAUAAAUCUUUCCAAAACAUUCAACAGUCUGCGUCUGCGUACCUUGCGCAUUCUUCACAGAUUAUAUGCUAAAAUCUUGACUGAAUGUAUCGCAAAAUUAGAGUUUAAUCCUAAAAUUUGCCAUGAAAACGAUUUAAAAGCAUUCAGUCAAGAUUAAUUAAGGCACUGAACAACAAUGAUUUAUAAAAAUAACAUUUCAUUUUACACAUUAUAUCGAUAUAAAAAACUAAAGAAACAACUGAUCUGAACAAAUAAGCUCAUUAGAUCAUUAUAGGACAGUAUAGCGCAUAGUUGCUCAGGAACUAAAUUCAAAAUAGAAAAAAAAUACGCUCGGAAUGUAUCCGAAUAACAGGAAUGUUAUCAAUGACGAUCAGAAUAAUUUUUCCUGUGACGGGCCAAUUUGUGUCGUGAGUGGGCGUGACAGUUGACAAUUUACAAGUGAUGAUCGCUAUUUAAUACCAAACACACAAUAAGCAACUAAAACGAAUGGUCCCAACGUUUCGUUGUACUAUCAGUCUGUAAAGCUUUGAAGGAACUUAGUAUUAAAAUUUGACCCACUCACGAGUAUCUAUUUGACACUUUGUGAAUCUUGGCAAGGCGGACGUCCCACGAGAAUCA